AAGACUCGUCUCUGUUUAGGCUACCCGGCGGUCAGAUCAUGCUAGCGGUUACACGCUGUGAACAGCUAAAAUGUCCAUAGUUUUUGUACCAAAACGACAACGAGGACGUGCAAAGAUUAACCAACAAACCGUACAAUGGUUGCUGGAUGAAAACGACCAGUUAAUCAGAUGUAUCGCCGAAUACAUGCAGAAAGGAAGAGCAACGGAGUGUGUACAAUACCAACAGAUCCUGCACCGCAACAUUGUUUAUCUGGCAACCAUAGCAGACGCUAGCCCCGAUAUGAUGCUGACAUCUUCAAAUUCCAAUAAUCCCGAGGGAGAAGCAGCGUCGACCACAGCUGUAGAGAAACGGUCUGGUUGAUGACACUGAUUUCUGCCACCAGCCACCCAGCACAUGGUCUGUUCUCCCUCCUUCACUCAGGACAACGCUUACAGAGCAUCGGAGUUCGGACCAGCCACCUCAAAGACUGUUUUUACCCCCAGACUGUCAGAAAAAUUAACAGUAGGCGCCUUACAUAACUUUCGUUAUUAUUUUGUGGGAUUUCUGGUUUAUUUAUUGUUUUUAUUGUUAUUUCCUUAUAUAUAGUGUUAAUGGGUGAGAGGGCCAGGGCACAUGUAUUUCAUUGCAUUGGAAGGUACAUUGUACUUUUAUAUGUAUAUGACGAGGUGAAACUGAACUUGCUUAUGUCGGUUUGAGUUAAACCUAAGAAACGUUUUAACUGUUGCUUUCAGACCAUGCAAAGGGAUUUAUUAAAGACUGUUGAGUGAAAAAGGAAAGUUUAUUUGAUGCCUGUGCUGUUAAGAGUUUGUAGCUUUCUCAAUAAAUACUGUAA